GGUAGGUUGGUACGGAAAUUGUUGGAUGUCAUACACUUCCCUGUCUGUCCUCUCCUUGGCUAGUCAUUUAUAGAAGCGUAUCUCUCCCACAGAACGUUAUCGAGAUCACACACACUUCUACUGACUUUUUCUUAAUUAACGAUGCUUUUGAUCCCACGACAACAUGCUGGCCCCGUUGGCCGAGCAUUUGAACCUGAGCUCAAUCGCCCUUCAUAUUCCCACCAGAAGUACGCAUCGAGUUGCCCAACCUGGCUACCAAAAGUUCUUCAAACAACCAAGCUAUCGCCAUUAGAACGGCUCCCCAACGAUGUGCAGAGGCUCAUCUUUUCGAACCUGGACUAUCAGUCUCUCAUCUUCCUCUCCAUGGUGAACCGACACUUUCACCGUACAGUAGACCCCCAACGCAUGGCAACACUACGAGACAAGUUUGAGUUGGUUAUGAGAGCAGCAAAAGACUUCCCACAACAUUGGGCCAGCGAGAAAAAGAAAGAUCAAAGACCCGGAAACUUGGAGUGCUACUGGUGCUUCCGUGUACGGAGUCCGCAACACUUUGAUGUGUUACAAGCCAACACGGCCUACUUUGACCCACAAGGCCGAUUGGUAUCGGAGCAGGAGGCGGGACCUCAAGACCGGCUCGUGCCCCUCCGCCGCUUCUGUAUCGGAUGUGGAGUAAAGGCUGGACUUCACGCACCAUCUGACUGCAUCGUGACAAGAACAGGUCAGGACCUCUGGGUUUGUCGAUGCCGGCGUGUGUGGCAGAAGCCUAACUGCCUGCAGUGUCCAGACUGCUCUUCAAGUUGUCCACUGCGGCCCAAAAAGAGGUGGUGUGGCUGUGAUUAUUCGUCUGCGCGACCCCAGCAUUGUGUCCUAUUGCAUUAGGGAAUCUGGAUGACAGGCAUCAGCAAACGAAUGGCAUGCAUGGGUCGAAUCUAAGGGACAUUUUACGGAGAAACUGGGGCAAGAGUACAUCCAGGGUAUGGAAAACUAUCGAUAUCCAUGUUAGCACAGGCGAGCUUGAUAUUUU